AUGGCACCGCCCGCGCGUGCUCGGCCCCUUGGGAAGUCGUCUUUCUCCACCGCCUUCUCGCGCCUCAAGACGUCUACAUACAUCGAUGUGCUUCGCCCCAACGCCUCGGUCUCGGCGGCGCACUACAUCCGCACGCUGAGCUGGAACGCGUCCGGCACGUUCAUUGCGACCGGGGCUGCGGAUCGGACGCUGCGGAUCUGGAACCCCGAGAAGACCAAUGUCAAGAACUCGACAGAGCUGCGCACGCCAGGCGUACCGCCGUCCACGCAACUCGAGCGCGUGGCAUUCCACCCCAUCAACGAGAACGAGCUGGCAAGCUGCAGCACCGAUGGCAUGGUCAGGUUCUGGGACAUCCGGUCAAAGGCCAGCGUAGGCGAAGUCAAGGUCGGCGAGCAGCCCUUCACACUGGCCUGGACGCCGGACGGCAGUGAGAUUGUGGCGGGGCGGAAGGAUAACCUUCUCGUUUCCAUCGACCGCGCCGCGCUGCGCAUCCUCUCCGAACAACGCCAGCCUGUGCAGACCAACCAAUGUGUCUUCGACUGGUCCGGCGCACACCUCUUCCUCACGUCGGGAGACGGCAGCAUCAAGGUCACCGACUACCCCUCAUUCACCCCCGCCCUGUCCCUCAACGCACACACGUCGUCCUGCUACGCCCUCAGCAUGUCACCUUCCGGCGAGUACCUGGCUGCGGGCGGCGGCGAUGCUCUCGUCUCGCUGUGGGACACGCAGGAGUGGAUAUGUGUACGGAUGUUUGACCUCACAAAAGAGCCGGUCAAGAGCGUCGACUUUAGCUUUGACGGGAGCUACAUCACAGCGGGGAGCGACGACAAGGAGGAGAAGAAGAUCAAGAUUGCGCAUGUGGAGACGGGCGAGGUGGUGCACGAGAUCACUGUGCAGAAGGCAAGCAGUGUCAUCAGCUGGCAUCCCUGUCGGUACGUGCUGGCGUACUCGCAGGAGGAGCAGGGCUUGCGCAUUCAGCGAAAUAUCAAUAUACUCCGUGUACUCCGAACGCCUUUAUCAACGAAACUCAAUUGGACGGCAGAACACAGUAAAAUGGACGUUCUAGCACCAGUCAAUCCUGCCUCCCUCUUCUCGGCCAAGGGCCUGGUCGUAGUCAUCACCGGCGGUGGCAGUGGCAUUGGCCUCGCCAUCACAGCAGCACUGCAGCAGAACGGCGCCUCCAAGAUCUACAUCAUCGGCCGCCGCAAAAACGUCCUCGACGAAGCCAUCGCCAAACUCGACUCCUCGCCCUCCGCGCCAAAGCCCUCGGUCCUCUCCGCCAUCUCCGCAGACGUCACAGACCUCGACUCGAUCCGCGCCGCCGUCGCGCAAAUCGAGCGCGAAACCGGCUAUGUCGACGUUCUCAUCAACAAUGCAGGCGUCAUGGGCCCCAAGUCGGGUCAGCCCAUCCACGACGCGCACUCCAUCGAGGCCCUCCGCGACGCCAUGCUGCUCGGCAUGGACACCCCCGCGUGGUCCCAGGCCUUUGAAAUCAACACCCAGGCCGUAGUCGGUGUCUCCGCGCUCUUCCUCCCGCUGCUCGCUGCCGCCAACACCCGCCGUGGAUGGGCCUCUGGCCGCGUCACCGGCACGGGCACACCGCGGGCCCGCGACACCGCCGCACUGAAGGAGCUGGGCAUCGACCAUGACGACGACCGCCUGGCGCACAUCAUCACCGUCGCGUCUGUCGCGAGCUACAUGCGCUGGAUCAGCGCGGGGCUGGCGUACAACGCGACCAAGGCCGCCACCGCGCACCUCAGCAAGAUCUUGGCUACCUUCCUGGCCGAGUGGGGGAUCCGUAGCAAUCUCAUCUGCCCGGGCCCGUAUCCGAGUGACAUGACGAGCGCAAAUCCGCUGGCGUACGGGACGAACCAGAUUCCGCAGGGCCGCAUGGGGAAUGUGAAUGACAUGGCGGGGCUGGUGCUGUUCUUGGUGGGCAAGGCGGGCGCGUAUGUGAAUGGCACGAGCCAGAUCACGGACGGGGGGCGGAUUGCCGUGUUCCCGUCAACGUACUAG